UGUUGCGUCGGUCGUUCGUGUCCUUUCCGCUCGCAAAUUCACGCGGCGGCUGCUGGUGCAUUUGUUUUCGCCUCGCACUAGAUGCUGUCUGCAAUCGGAAACAGCGAAAGCAAAAGCGGUGGCAAUAAAAAAAGCCACAGCGGCAACAAGGAGCUAAAUUAAGCGGAGGCGCAGGAAGAAGGCAAAAAACAGGCGACCCCAAAUAAACAAUCAUCACAUAAAUACGUAAUCAACAAGCGGCCCCAAAAAAAGAGAAGCCUUGGCAGGCAGCCAAAGCCGCCAACCAACCAACCACCCACCCACCAGGCUGCACCACCCAACCACCCAGCCACCCACCGCAGCAUGUAAGGCUCUGGGGGCGGGGGGAGUGGCACAGACACUUUGCGCGGAGGCGAAGCAAAUGUGGGUGUGAAGCGAUGUGAAGGCAAAACAUUUUGCAAUAUUAAAGAACAGACGCGGGCAGAACGUGUACCUGUUGCUGACCAUAAAGGCCAUAAAGGACGAUAGUGGAGUAGUGAGGGCGAGCGGUGAAAGGCCAGGUAAAAGGUGAAAGCCAAAAGCCCUGCACCGCAACCAUGGCUGUAAAUGUACUGGACUACGAUCACUUCGCCAUCAGCGCCAUCGUGGUGGGCAGUCUGCAGCUGUUCUUUUUCCUGGUCAACUCCAUGCUCCACAUGGACAAGCUGACGGACUUUGCCGGCGGCGUCAACUUCAUCAUUAUCUCCCUGCUGACGUUCUUCCUCGGCCAAAUCGAUCGUCCUUCGAAGGCCUAUGACAGUCGCCAGCUGAUGGUGACGCUGUUUGUUUGCUUGUGGGGCGCCCGGCUGUCCGGAUAUUUGCUAUAUCGCAUUAUAAAGUUGGGCCGCGACAAGCAGUUCGAGGAUACCCGCCGCAACAUCAUCCGCUACGCGGUCUUCUGGACCUUCCAGGCCGUGUGGGUGUACAUAGUGUCACUGCCUGUAAUAAUCAUUAAUUCACCGCGGCACUCGCAACCGCUGGCCCCAAAGACGAUGACCACACUGGACUCCACGGGAACGGGUAUGUUCAUCGUUGGAUUGCUGGCGGAGACCUAUGCGGAUCUGCAGAAGUUCUCGUUCCGACAGGAUCCUGCCAACCAGGGUAAAUUCUGCAAUGAUGGUCUGUGGAGCGUAUCACGGCAUCCUAACUACUUUGGCGAAGUGGUCAUCUGGUGGGGCAUCUUUGCCAUAUCCCUCAAUGUGAUCAGCGGCCAUGAAUGGGUGGCGAUUGCCUCACCCAUUUUCACCACUAUGAUUAUUCUCUUUUUGUCAGGGAUUCCCUUGCGGGAACGAAGUGCAGAUGAAAAGUACAAAGACCAGCUGGAGUACCGGAAGUACAAGGCCUCGACCUCGCCGCUGAUCCCAGUGCCACCUGCCGUCUACGUGGAGGUGCCCAGUGCCCUGAAGUUCAUCCUGUGCUGCGAGUUCCCCAUCUACGACUCGAUGCGGAUCCAGAAGGACCUCAGUCCGUACUCGCUGUCCAUAGCGCGCUCCCACUCGCACAUCUAGCAGUCAGUGGCCCACUCCGGCAGUGCGACGGCUGGCGUGGGUCAACUGACCGCCCACUCGACGGGCCACUCGGUGGGUCACUCGCUGCACCGGGGCCAGUGCUAUGGGGCCAAUGGCGGGGAUGCCGAGAGCCACCAGAACUGCGGCGGAAGCUGCCGCAACGUGCACGUCAAGUCGAAUCCGUACCAGUGCGAGGCGGGCUACGGCCACUAUCCGGUGUGCCACACGGACGACGACACGGAUGACGGGAUCAUCUACAUGGACCGCUCCACCCACAUCUACCACGAGCAGGAGGGCCCACUGGUGAAGGCGGCCAGCACCAAGUGCAGCUACCUGGCCGAGGAGGAGCUGGCCUCCGACUACGAUGAGGAUGUGCCGGCCAUCGAUCUCAGCAAGGCCACCAGCGUGGAGACCUUCGGCACCAGGGUGCAGUCGGAGCAGGCCGUGAAUGCCGAUGGUUUGCCCGUGACCGUGACCACGAUUUUGUGAUUGCCACUUUAAGAUUGGUUCUCAUACGGAUCGGGUUUUUAUAUUGGAUGUACAACGGGGUGGACCUCUGUUAGCUGAGGUUUUAAGUCUUUGAAAUUGAAAUUUCUAGAAAAUGUGGAAGGUCAAAUUACCGCAACAUCAUCACUCAUACGACAGGUAGUCCCGAUACAAAAGUAUUUGCUGGGGUUUAUUGAUCAGUAAUUUGGAUUCUUUUUAUCAAUCCAGAUCUUGUUCGUAUGAGUGAUGUUUAUGAUAACAAUUUAUUCACCAGACAUACUCUAAAGGUCGUUUUAAAUUCUAAAGAGUUUGAUGUUUAACAAUAUUUCGAUGGGUGAAUUUCGGUGAUUAGAAUUAUAGAUAACUUACUUUCUAAGAGCUUUUAGAUCAAAACGACAGUUUCCACAAAUAACAAACCAUACUUUUCGAAGCCCAGGGCCAAUGUUCUUGUAAAUAAUAUGGGUGACCAAAAACUAAAUGAAUAUGGGUUUGCAACCCCAAAGCGAAAUGAAACCUGAAAGAUACUACCUUAAAAUUAUUUUAUUCAACUAUGCUCCACCCUUUUGUACAUAAUUAAAGCUGGGGAUUGCAAAAAUACCGUAUAGUACCGAAAGCAUCUUGGAUACCCACAGCUGUCUAACACUAUAGUCUUUACGCUAUUGUUGCUCAAAUAACUAAUGUGCCUCUUAUGUGCUCUGCGCACCCUUAGAUUGUUGCACUCCUUCAAAGUUUACGCUAGUCUCUGUUGAACUCUCGUUGCUCCGCGACAAAUGUUGCCCCCAGAUCAAGAAUGGAAUACAAUUAUAUCUAUAUCUCUACAGCAUAUGUAUUUUCUUAUCGAACCGCAAACCACACCCCACCAAACAAAGGGAAUCGAAUCUGAAGCCAUUUAAACUGAAACAUAUCCCAAGGCAACGGCAAACCAACCAAAGGUUGGAUCACGAUAGAGAGUAUGUUCGAUAGCCAUUGUUAUUUUAUAUACUGGAAUAUCUACUCGUAGUAGCUAAAGAGAAAUAUACCCCAUGUUACCAAAAAUGUUCUCGGUAAGUGUACGUGUCUGUGUCUAGUUUGUGUCUCAAAUGUUAAGCAGUAUUACCUUAUGAACGAAUUGUACCUAAAUGAUUAUGCUGAGUAUGGAAAAUAAUAAACGAAACUAAAGAAAA